ACCGGGGGGACCGGCAGAGAGUCUGACAAAUAGUUUAGAGGGGAGAGAAAAAAAAAACCCGAUAUAUUGUAGAUUACUGCAGGGAAAUAGCUGUCAGCUUAAACUCUAGUAUUAGUUUAUACUGAUGUAAUAGUUAACCACCACAAGUCUCUUUUAUAGCAGUACACGCAUGAUGACAACCUUGUACUGCUCUUGCAAUAAAGACCAGAUUAUAAAGGUGCCUAAUACAGAGUGACACCUUAUUUCAGACAGUAUUGUUGAUUUUCUUAAACUGCAGCUAUAAUGUAAAUUGGCACUAUGUAGCUCCCAUUAAGUCCUGGCUUUGUUCUGUAUCGGUAAACAUUGUGUUUUUAAGCUCUUUUUCAUCGCAGCUUCACUGGACUCUGUCUUUUUAAACUAUUAGGAAUUAGUUUCCUUGAAAAGUUGCCAUAAUACAAAUUGUUGCCUUCAACCGUGCAAUUUAGAUCACCUCAGAUGUGGGGAUCCUGACUGGUGUCUGCACCUGUGUUCAGGCGGUAUAAACAUGAGGUUUUAGCAGGAAUCUGACAGCACACACUCUUCGGGGGUAUAUGACAGCACCGGCAUCCAAUCUGUGGCUACAGUGAGUUAGCACCUUCGCUUGUCAUCGCGUUAUACAAGGCUUCACCUUAAAUUCCACAGAAAGACGCCUCUCUCUCUCUCUGUUUACUGAUGCAUGUGCAAUCCAGUGUCUUGGAUGCAAGUCGUCACUACGCUUCACAUAUUCUUCACACUUGUGACACAGAUAGAGAUUGCACGCUAUAUGCUGCCUUUGUGGACAGUUGUGCAAUGAUGCAUUGUUCAUGUGUGGCAACGCUGAUGAUAAUUCUGUCCCUUUCCCUCCUGCUUCUUCGAAUCCAGGGUAAGGCGGUGGGUCAGAAAGCCCCUCUGUGGAUCCGGGCGAGGUUCCAGGCCCUCCUGUUCUCUCUGGGCUGCCACAUCCAGAGGCACUGUGGGAAGGUCCUCUUUAUUGGACUCUUAGUGUUCGGGGCUCUGUCUGUGGGACUCCGGGUCGCAGCCAUCGAAACGGACAUCGAGCAGCUGUGGGUGGAAGCUGGUAGUCGGGUGAGCACGGAGCUUCGCUACACCAAGGAGAAGCAGGGAGAGGACUCAGUAUUUACCUCACAGAUGCUUAUCCAGACCCCCAAAGAAGAGGGCACCAAUAUUCUUACCCAGGAGGCUUUGCUGGUUCACAUGGAAGCCGCCCUGUCCGCCAGCAAGGUCCAGGUGUCACUGUUUGGAAAGUCGUGGGAUCUGAACAAAAUAUGCUAUAAAUCAGGAGUUCCUAUUAUAGAAAAUGUCAUGAUUGAAAGGAUGAUUGACAAGCUGUUCCCCUGUAUGAUAAUCACCCCAUUGGACUGUUUUUGGGAAGGGGCCAAACUACAGGGAGGCUCCGCCUAUUUACCGGGUAUGCCAGAUAUCCAGUGGAUGAAUCUAGAUCCAGUCAAGCUGAUGGAGGAGCUGAGUCAGUUCACUUCGCUGGAAGGAUUUAAGGAGAUGUUGGACAAAGCCCAGGUCGGACAUGCCUACAUGAACAGGCCAUGUCUAGACCCCUCGGACCCCGACUGCCCUCUCAGUGCACCCAACAAGGAGCAAGGAGAGAGUCCUGACAUUGCCGGGCGUCUCCAGGGUGGUUGCCACGGUUUCAGCCGGAAGUUCAUGCACUGGCAGGAGGAGCUGAUCCUGGGAGGGCGGGUCAAGAGCAGCCAGGACGCUCUGCUGAGUGCGGAGGCUCUCCAAACCAUGUUCCUGUUGAUGAGUCCGAAGCAGCUGUACGAGCACUUUAAAGACGACUACGAGAUCCACGACAUAAACUGGAAUGAAGAAAAGGCUACCGCCAUCCUCGAGUCCUGGCAGAGGAAGUUUGUGGAGCUGGUCCACCAGAGUAUCCCAUCUAACUCCAGCCAGUCCAUCCACGCUUUCUCCACCACCACCCUCAACGACAUCAUGAAAUCCUUCUCUGAUGUCAGCGUCAUCAGGGUGGCAGGGGGAUACCUGCUCAUGCUGGCCUAUGCCUGCGUGACCAUGCUAAGGUGGGACUGUGCCAAGUCCCAGGGGGCCGUGGGGCUGGCCGGCGUGCUCUUAGUAGCUCUGUCGGUGGCUGCAGGACUGGGUCUCUGCUCCCUGCUCGGCCUCUCCUUCAAUGCUGCCACCACACAGGUGCUUCCAUUCCUGGCACUAGGGAUUGGCGUGGAUGACAUGUUUCUGUUGGCUCAUUCCUUCACAGAGGCUGGAAUUAACAUCCCCUUUAAGGACCGGACAGGAGACUGUUUGCGGCGCACCGGCACCAGUGUGGCGCUGACUUCCAUCAACAACAUGAUUGCGUUCUUUAUGGCUGCUCUCGUACCCAUUCCUGCCCUGCGAGCUUUCUCUUUGCAGGCGGCCAUUGUGGUCGUGUUUAACUUCGGCAUGGUGCUGCUCAUCUUCCCUGCCAUCCUCAGUUUGGACCUCCACCGGCGCGAGGACAAGCGUUUGGAUAUCCUCUGCUGCCUGUACAGCCCUUGCUCCGACCGAGUCAUCCACCUCUCCCCGCACGAGCUUUCAGACGCCGGAGAGCAGCCGCACGCUCCCUCGACGGCGACGACGCACACGCACCAGUACGCGGCGGGAUCGACAAUCACCACCAGCACCCAAAUCACCACCACCGUGCAGGCGUUCACACAGUGCGACGCGGCCGGCCAGCAUAUCGUCACAAUCCUACCACCUACCUCACAGAUCUCCACCAGCCCGCCGUCCAUCAUCCUCUGCCCCACGUCACAGCCUCAAGCCCUCACACCUUCCCCCACCACCACCUCCCUGCCGGAUCCCUACGGCUCCCAGCUCUUCGCCCCUACCUCCAGCUCCACGCGGGACCUCCUGGCUCAGGUGGAGGAUUCCAAAUCGGGAAAGGAGUGCGUCCCACUACCUUUCCUGCACUGGAACCUGUCGAGCUUCGCCAGGGACAAAUACGCCCCACUGCUCCUCAAGCCCAAAAGCAAAGCCAUCGUGGUGGUUCUCUUUCUGAGCCUGCUGGGCCUCAGCCUGUACGGGACCACCAUGGUGCACGACGGCCUCUACCUAACCGACAUAGUGCCACGCGACACCAAGGAGUAUGAUUUCAUCGACGCCCAGUUCAAGUAUUUCUCCUUCUACAACAUGUACCUGGUGACCAUGGAUGGAUUUGAUUACGCCCGGUCACAGAGGCUGUUGAUCCAGCUGCACAACGCCUUCAACUCUGUUAAAUAUGUGGUCAGAGACAGCGACAGCAAACUGCCCCGUAUGUGGCUGCACUACUUCCAGGACUGGCUAAGAGGUCUUCAGGCUGCUUUUGAUGCUGACUGGCAGGCAGGCAGGAUUACCUCUGACAGCUAUCGCAACGGCACAGAGGACGGAGCGCUGGCGUACAAGCUCCUCAUCCAGACCGGCUCCAAGAAAGAGCCUUUUAACUACAGCCAGCUGACAUCUCGGCGGCUGGUGGACGCAGAGGGUUUGAUCCCUGCGGAGGUGUUUUACAUUUACCUGACAGUCUGGGUCAGCAAUGAUCCUCUGGGCUAUGCUGCCUCCCAGGCCAACUUCUACCCCCAUCCUAGAGAGUGGAUUCACGACAAGUACGACACUACAGGGGAGAAUCUGCGCAUCCCAGCUGCAGAGCCCCUGGAGUUCGCCCAGUUCCCCUUCUACCUGAACGGCCUUCGCCAGGCCAGCGACUUUGUGGAGGCCAUCGAGAGUGUGCGGGCCAUCUGCGAUGAGUUUAGCCGCAAGGGCGUGUUGAACUACCCUAACGGAUACCCCUUCCUGUUCUGGGAGCAGUACAUUGGCCUCAGACACUGGUUCCUGCUGGCGAUCAGCGUGGUGCUGGCCUGCACCUUCCUGGUCUGUGCGAUUCUCCUGCUCAACCCCUGGACCGCCGGCAUCAUUGUGUUCAUCUUGGCCAUGAUGACGGUGGAGCUGUUUGGCAUCAUGGGUCUGAUCGGCAUCAAGCUGAGCGCCAUCCCUGUGGUCAUUCUGAUCGCCUCUGUGGGCAUCGGAGUGGAGUUCACCGUCCACAUCGCGCUGGGCUUCCUGACAGCGAUUGGCAACAGAAACAAACGCUCGGCAGUGGCUCUGGAGCACAUGUUCGCCCCGGUGGUCGACGGAGCGAUCUCCACGCUGCUGGGCGUUCUCAUGCUGGCAGGGUCAGAAUUUGACUUCAUCAUGAGAUAUUUCUUUGCUGUGUUGGCCAUCCUCACUGUACUGGGGGUACUGAAUGGCUUGGUUCUCCUGCCGGUGCUCCUGUCCAUGAUGGGCCCUCCGGCUGAGGUCACCCCGGUCGACAAUGCCAGUCGCCUGCCAACGCCUUCCCCUGAACCCCAACUGCCCCCACCGAUGGCCCACCACGGUUACUACACGGGCCACCACAACCCGCGGCCGUCUUGUCAGCAGGCCUUUUCGGAGUCCUCUGACUCGGAGUAUUACUCCGAGGUGACCACCACGUCAGGCAUCGGGGAGGAGGAUUAUAAGUACUGCGACAUAGCGUCGCACGCCAGCGUCCCACCCUCGACGUCUCACAUACUGCUGGAAGCCAGCAAAAACCCCAGUUUCCCCAAGCUCACGGUGGUGAAGCCAUUCAAAGAAAGUUCAACAGGCACUGGCGGAAGGAUCGAGCCGUUGAAUGAAUCUUCCCACAACACACAGGCUCUCGGCUCCCAGCUUACAUGCUGGGAUGGAAAAAAGCAGCAGCAGCAGCAGCAGCAGCAGCCGGGCCUCCAGAGGCUCCAGGCGCAACACUUACCCAGCGAAAGACCUCACUUCCUCGGGAGGACUUCUCAAAGCGGCACCAGGCUGCAGAGCGGCAGAGGGCCUCAGCCAAACAGGACUAAAGGGCCGAGCUAUAGCAAUAGCAGCUCUGCACUGCCGACGCAACAAGGCUCCGCGGGGGGGGCUGUUACCAUGGUAACCGCGACAGCCUCCGUGACGGUGGCCGUGCACCCGACCUUGCCGGGGGCGGCGUACCGAGGAUACAUGCAUGAAGGUUUUGACACAGACAGCGAGUCGGACUGUUUCGAGGCUGCUAAGAGGACUUGUGGUGGCAAAACGAACUUUUCUUCAUGUAAGAGAGACUCUUUAGAGCUCCAGGACUUGGAGGCAACGCAGAGCCAGGCAGAGCGUCAGCUCGGCAAGACACGAGGUGGGUUGAGGAUCCAGGCAGCCAAAGAUUGCUAGACUCUCUCACUCGCCUCGUCUUCUCGUUUCGAGUCUCCGGCUGCUUCUCCGGAGCAGCUUGACGGCUCACGCGGAGUCACGUCUGUACAUAGACUUCACACAAAAAAGGAGAGGAUUUAUUUCAAGGACAUAUUAAAGGAAAAAAAAGACAUUUUCAGAAUUAUAUAAAUCUAUGAGUAUAUAUUUUAAUACUAAAAAAAAGAAGGAAGCUAUUUAAAUGAGUACUGUAUAACUUGGGUAUUCUCUUGUGUAAAAGUUCAGAUGUAAAAGAUUAUUUUUUUUGUGGGGCGGUUGAUUCUUUUUUUCCACCCCCCCCCCCCCCCCCCCACACAGUGUAUAGAAUAAGAACUGUGCUAUAUGUAAAAAGUGUCCACAAAAAGUGAGAUGUUAUUAAGAUAUUAGGCUAUUGAACAUACGUGGUCAGUGUUUUAUUUCUAUGUAUUGCUAUGAUUUCUUUUGCUGCUACAUUUCAAAAUAAUUUUAAGUGAUUUGCCUUAAAAAAAAAAUGCAGUACCCCCCCCAGUUUAAGUCAGUAUAAGUUUUUACACACUAUUAUACUGUGAGAUUUUGAUUACAGAUGAUCUCUGUCACAGUGUGCACUGUUUAAAGAAGCAGAGAACUCCACAGCAGACUGUUUUCUUAACAGUAGUAACCGUCGUGCCUUCAGUUUGUCCCCUUUUCCUCGUUAUCACAGGAAUCAGCACUCAGUAUUAUGUUCUCGCUUUGCUGUAAAUAUGUUUUGUCUCGUCCAGACACACAAUGUUUGUCAAGAAGCAGUAGUAGACUGAUGUUAUCACCAUCAUCCCGCCCGUCUAUCUGAAUAUUGUUGUGAUCAGUUAGCCAGCACGCUGGCAGGGUCACACCCGUAUUCAUAUUUCACGUUGGAUCUUCCAUCCUCUGCAGUUUUCAACUACUUGAAGGAGCUGUGAUAAGAUUUUGUUAUUUUAUUUUUUCUGCAGUUUUCGUAAGCUCUACAGUGGGUGAAGCUCACAUUGGUCACUUUGUGUUUGACAAUUGUUCACCUUCUCGUGUUAUUUUGAAAGGGAAUUAUGAAAUCUAAUGCAAAGGGAGUGAUUUUGUUUUAUUAUUAUUAUUAUUAAUUCCUCCUUUUUUCCUUUGCUGGCUGCUUUGGGUUUGCGACACCUUCAUGUCGUUGCGACCCUGUGCAAUUAUUACAUGAUGUAAACUGGCUCAACCUUUAUAAUGCUCCAACCUGCUCUCACUCACUUUCUAAUGUCUCACUCUUCUUGCUAAUACAAACCUCAUAUGUGGCACAAUACAUUUUUCUUUCAUUCUUAGGAUUUUCAUGUCAUUUGCUUUACAAAGUUGUUUUCGUUGAUGUUGUCGUUGUUCGGUAUUGGUCUCAUCACUGCCAGGUUAAAUUGCAGGGAAUUUUUAUUUUUUUUUAAGUGGCAGCUUUGAUUUCUUUUGUACAUAUGAAAGAAAAGUUAAGUAGCUACUGUGCAGUUGUGAAUAAUUAAGCAGAAUGAGCAAAGCACCGUUCACAGUUUGAUCAGACCGUAGACCGACCGCCAGCAGGUGUUGUCAGUGUGGUGAGGAGGUUAAAAGGGAGGGGGGGCGGGGGGUGAAGGGGGGGGAGCUCCUGCAUUGGUUUGUAGUUUAUUUCAAAAGAAAAAUUGUUAAUGUCAUGCCAUAUAAAUUAUUUAUAUUAAAAUUUAUUUUUGUAGUUUGUACAGAUGUUAGUAUCUAGACUGAAGUUCUAUUUUUAAAGAGUGAAUAUAUAUUAUAUAUAAAUAUAUCUAUUUGUUGCCGAGUUUGUUUUUGUUUUGACGUUUUAUUUUGUUUGCAUUCUGGGAUGGAGGGAGGGGUUGACAACACUUUAGAGCAGAGGCCUUUAUUUUUAUUUUUUUUUUUUUUUGGUGGAGUAAAGGAGGCAGUGGGAGGACCAUGAAGGAGAAGGUGUGUAGGAUUGUGUCACUGUUACACCUUGUUUUUUUCAGUUUCCUCUUGGCCCUUCCUUCUUCAUUGUCAUAUUUUAAAAAUGUUCUUGUCCAUGUCUAAAACACUGUGACUUCUGAAAACUAUGCUCAAGAAAACCCUCGUGUGACCGUUAUGUUCCCUCACCUGCUAUAGAAAUUGAACUAACAAAAUAAAUUGAAUGGAGAAAAAAAAAGUGCUUCUGUGGUCUUUGCCAGUCUUUUCGAGUGUGUGUUUGUGUGUUUGUGUUUACCUGUGAACCUAAAACCCUUAUCACAGACCAGCAAACUGACAAACUGACAGUGUUUGCUGGUUAAAUAUACUGGUUAAAUAGGUCUACUCUAUUAUCGAGGUGCAUUGUUGGUGUGUAAAACAAAAGGUUUGAUUUCAGUACGUCAAUCAUUGAAACCCAGUAGUAUCCGCAUAUUUAAUAAGAAUUUAAUUUUAGGCCUAAAUCUGAUUG